AUGGCUGGCGCGCAGUCUGGCGACAAAUGCGUGGACGUUGGCGGUCCUGAGCCGGCGUCACCGCCUGCCCACCCCGCCCGAGAUGUCGCACAGCUGCAUUCCGGCUCACCCACGUCGACCACGUCCUCGCCGGCAUCUCACCGAUCGCGUGGCUCUACAAAAGCAACUACCGCUCCAUCGACGGGCUCGCCGAAGGGGUCCUUCACAGAAUCACCCACUACUUCGCCAGCAGGAUCAGCGAUCACAUCGCCAACAGGAUCGCCGAUCACAUCGCCAAAGGUCCCGCCACCUGUGCCCUCGCCGCCUCCGGCUCGCUCGUUCACCGCUCGACUCCCUUGGGUCCUGCGCACAUGGAUGUUCCCUUCCAGCUCGGAAGACUUGACCGGAUUCCAAGGCUAUGAAUUCGAGUGGUCUCCCUUGAAGGACUUUUUUCUGAGCCCAAUCUCCAGUGGCGAUGGUCCCGCGGCGGCCGCGGCGGAUCUCGGCCAGGAUGGGUCAACGAUGAAUCAGAUGGCGCCGGAGAUCACGUGGGAUUUGGGUGAUGCAAAUUUGGUGAGCAUCUCUUCCAAAGUAAUGUUACUUCUACUGCUCUUCGGCGUUCUUGACCUACCAACGAUCUGGGUCGGACAGGAACCACUAGGAAGACUCGUGAAAACCCCUCUUGACCAAGAUCGCAAGUUGUACGACCGCAACGAGUUCCCCGAUUUCGUCGUGCUGUCGCGACAAGCCUUCGAUGCCAAUCCUGAGCUCGCUUCGGCUUGGGCCCAGGAUCACCUCGAUGAUGGAGAGAACGGUGUCCUCGACUGGGAACAAGUUGCCGCAAUUGGUGUACUGGGUGGCAUGAAGAGGAGCGACGACACCUCCGAAUACGAGUGUGUAUUCCCAGUCACGCGAUUGAAGCACCACUUGCGCAUGCUCGCUGCCGAGUCACCGAUCCGUUCCCACACGUUUGGCUUCACGCUCGAAGGCCCAAUCUUGACACUCUACCUCCACACACCAUCUGGUCUGUUCUACUCGUCCGAUAUCGAAUGCACCGAAGCGAAUGGGCACCUGUCGACGUUCAUCGAGCGCCUUCUCAGCUUGAACGAUCUCGACCUUGGCAAGAUCGCCUCGCCUGGAGGACCCGACGGCCCGCCGCUGCCAUUCCCGACCGCUGUGCUUCCACCGCGGGUGCCAUCUUACGCUCGUCACCUCGCCAAAGUACCCACGAUGGGCUCAAUCGAGAUUGAGAAGACCGUCUUUUGCAGCGGCGAGGUCCUCGGGUUGCAGAAAUCCGCUUCGCGAGUCCGAGCGAUCCGGGACGGACCAGGUGACAAGCGCGAAUACGCAAUGACGGUGUCAUUCUUUGAGAAGACUUUUUGCGACGAACAUGAUCGGAUCCGUCUGGCGAUCGCAUCGGCGUCACCCGAGGAUCGCGAAGGUCUCACAAAUUUUGUGGACGUGUAUCGAGAAGUCGACUUUACCCUUGUGCCCCACUUCCUCAAAGGCGAUUUCGACGCCGAAAAAUGCGAGCUCAAGCCGAGGGCGAUGGAGGUUGCCUUUCAGGAGCGCUGCCUCGAGUCAAUCUGGACCGUGGAUUCGACCGAGGCGCUCGUCCGAGCGGUGCUUGGAGUGGUCAGAGGUUUGUUGCGAUCUCGCUCUCAUCAGUCUGAUCCCAAUCAGGGUUGAGCGAUAUCUGAUGCCGGAUUGGUCUCCUUCCAGGUCUGCGCAGUCUGUACCGAAUGCGGAUCCUACACUGCGAUGUCUCACCGGGCAAUAUUAUGAUCGGACCCGGUGGUGAGGGCGUACUGAUCGAUUAUGACGUCGCCGUAUUUAUGGACGGCCCUUCUGGUGAAGCUGCGCACCUGAAGCGACGUGUGAGGUCUCGUUCUGAUAUCGCGGCGCUCCACUGCUGCUCCACUGACCAGAGCCUCGUUCAAUCACUCCCCACAGGGCACGUUCGCCUUCCGACCCCGGCAUCUCAUCCAAUAUGCCGGCGAAAUCUUGCAUCAACCUUGGCACGACAUUGAGCAGCUGGUCUACACUCUCUUCUGUGUUGUUCUCGCCCGACCCAAGGGGCCAGGUGAUUCGACCGGAAUGUCGGACAAGGCCGCUUCGGUUUGGGAGCACUGGACAACGGAAGCUAAGCCCCGUCGGGCACACCUUUCGAAAGAAACGUUCGUUCAAGUGGAGUCGAAUCGGAACAUGUUGUUGGAUUCGAGUUUGGAUUUCUGGCAAGGCAUUCCUGAUCUCAUCGCCACGGUCGCGAAGUACUGCGGACUAGGCUUGUCGGUCUGCAUUUACACCGAGAUCGCAGAAGAAGAAUGCCUCGAGAACGGAUGGGCUUCAGGUGAACUCUCGCACGACCACCUUAUUGCGGACCUGGAGGAGUUAUUGGAGAAGAUUGUGCAGAAGAAACAGGAAAGGGUUCCGGGUUCGCCUGUCAGUAUGUAG